AUGAAUCCCGGUUCAAGCAUGUCACUUUUUGAUGUGAAAAAACUGGAUUUUCAGAAUGCAAAAAAGCCAUUUGACCACUGUGAUAGGUGGGAAGUGAUGUCAGAUCGUUUCGUGAUGUAUCAGUAUGGAUUAGAUUCGGAUGUUCGACAGACCGUUUCCCUCCUUUUUGGCCAUCAGCAGCUUGAUUCCAUGAAAUACCUGGAGGAAAGGGACUAUCGACGGUCGUAA